CACUGCUCACCCUUGGUCCUUGGUCCUUGGACUCAGCCUCUGGCCACCCAGACACCCAGACACCCAGACACCCAGAUCACCCAAGCGCCUUUUACCAGCCCAGUGUCAGCUUUCCAACCUCCCGUCGGCGUUUCAUUUUGACAUUCCUAUUCAUCUCAAUCCAGCGUUGAACUUCUACUCAUCAUUCCCAAAACUUGUCAUCACCGUCGCGCCGUCUUUAAGAGUGCCCUAUCCUCACCCCUUUACCACUCUUCGCCUGCUUCAACUACUCUAGCCUAUCUCGACGUUCCUGCCCAAAAUGGCCGACCGCGAGCAACCCUACGACCCUUAUAUCCCCUCUGGCGGACAAGGAGGACAACAGGGCGGACAACAACCUGGCAACCAAAGAACUGCUGCCUUGCAGGCGCAAAUCGAUGAUACCGUGGGUGUCAUGAGAGAAAAUAUCAAUAAAGUCUCACAGCGCGGCGAACGAUUAGAUUCCCUGCAAGAUAAAACGGACAACCUUGCCGUCUCAGCCCAAGGCUUCCGACGUGGAGCCAACCGAGUCAGAAAACAGAUGUGGUGGAAGGAUAUGAAGAUGCGCAUGUGCCUAAUCGUGGGCAUCAUCAUCUUGCUUAUUGUCAUUAUCGUCCCGGCUGUGGUUGCUACGCGAUAAAUGAUCUAAGAACACAUGGCCUCUCCGAUGAGCCAACGAACCCAUUUUCAUGAAACUCACAUUGAAAGCACUCGUGUUUUGGGCUAGCGUUUCCUACCACCCUCUACGAGAAUAUUCGUCUUGAGUGAACUAGCGGACCAAGGGGGUUUGAGAUAUGGUGCCAGCUUCGCGGGAGUGAUGAACCUUGAGAGUCAUCAGAGCUACGACAGCACCCGGGACAAGCGGCGUGACUUCUCAAAGCAGCGUCAAAGGCGUACGAUGAUUGAUAAGGCUAUCUGUUACAAUAAUAUCACAAUUGGUCAUCCCUAUACUCAUGACGGUUGAUCACAACCUCCAAUUUGCGUAUUGAGUCUAAAAUGGUCAAUUUGGCCCAGGCCUGACGGUACUCAUCAGUCCUGAACCUUUGGCCUGCCUGCGACAGGACGACUGUCUCUCGAGGAAACAAAACUUUACGAAUCGCAAUCACGGCAACGUCCAGGCCAGAGAUCUUCCCAUAAUACAAACACGGUAGUAGUUUCAGAGACGCCGGUACAUGUUGUCUCCCGCCGAAAUGAAUCCCAGAUUGAACCACAUGUAUCAUGAUU